AACAUUUUCUCUCUCUAAAAAAUGUAAAAUGAUUGUUAUUAUUAAUAUAUAAAUUAGUGUAAUUCAAUACGAUGAUCUCUCUUCUCUUUUCUUCUUCUUCUUCACCAAUUUUUUCUCUUUACGACAAACCAACACUUCACAUUUUCAUUUCUGUGUACAGAGAGAACAAAUUUUAGGGUUUUGAUUUCAUUUCCUUAAUUGGCAAUCAAAAUCACAUACACACAAUAUAUACCAUAUUUUUCAAACGCCCUUAUAGAAGUUUUGUGUAUAUAUUUAAACACUCGUUUUGUUCUUCUAUAAAAGGUGAUGUCAAAUUGAGACUCUGUUCAUUAGGGUAUUCAAAUUUCUAUCCUCUUUUUGUCAAUUUUGUAGCUGAAAUUUGAUUUUUUUUUGGGGGUUUUGGAAAAGUUUUGGUUUUGGGGAUUGUAAUGAGAGGUUUUUGUUUUGUGAAUUUAAAAGUGAGGGGAUUGUUAGUGUUAUUAGUGUUGUAAUAUUCUCAUUGAUAAGGUUGUGAAUUUGAGUGUGUUUGGUGGUGGGGAUUGGGGAAUUUUUGGUAAGUGAGAAUAAUGACUGAUAUUCAACCUCUACAACAAAAGCCUGAAUCAACUAAUGAUCCCCGAACUGAAUUCGAGCGAGGAUUAGAUGAGUUGAUGCGAGGACAUUUAGAUGAUUGUAUGUCGUUUGCCUCGUGUAGCUCCACUCGUAACCAGGAUGAUGAAGAUGAUGACAGUGAUCAGCUUGUUCGUAGGAGGCGUAGGUCUGAUCUCGAGGGUGAUGAUUUAGCCGAGUCUUCGGCUGCUAGGAGACGCCAUUCACGUAUUCUAAGCCGAUGGGCUGCUCGCCAGGCUCAGGAAAUGAUGACCACUAUUGAGAGGAGGAAUCGCGAAUCGGAGUUGAUGGCGCUUGCUGGUUUGCACACUGUUUCCAUGCUUGAUUCGUCGUUUUUGAGGGAGUCACAGUCGCCCACUUCAAGAAGACAGGGGGCUGUUGAAAGGCCUAGCACUCAGGCAUCGUCUAUUUUACAAAUGUGGCGGGAGUUGGAGGAUGAGCAUGUAGUGAAUAGGGCUCGUGAGAGGGUGAGGGAGCGACUGAGACAUCAAAGGAGUGUGGAGUCUAAUACUAAUGUAUCGAGUACAAACAUGUCUGAAAGUCGAGGAAGUGAGAUUCAGGGAAGUUUGGGGGAUGCGAGUGAGAGUGAGAAUGAGUUUGGAACUUGGACACAUGAGCGGCUGGGGUCUCAAAAUGAGCAUGGGGAUAAUAAUGGGUCUAGUAGGGAGCAGUCUCCUGACCUUGGCGAAGUUGAGAGGGAGAGAGUGCGGCAGAUUGUCCGGGGAUGGAUGGAGAGUGGUAUUAGUGACCAUACAUCCAAUGUGUCCCAAAGGAAUGGGAGUUCUAGAGGGGAAUGGCUUGGUGAAACAGAACGUGAAAGGGUUAGAAUUGUUAGGGAGUGGGUGCAGACGGCAAGUCAGCAGCGAGGCGGAGGACGUGGGGCACGGAGGGAAGCUCAAGCUGCUGGACUUGAAGCACAAGUUGACAGAGUCCGUGAUGGAUCAGUUGCAGACCAUGAUGAAGGACAACCAGAGCAUGUCCGCCGAGACACGCUGAGGCUGCGUGGACGACAAGCUAUCCUUGACUUACUCGUGAGGAUUGAGCGGGAAAGACAGGGGGAACUUCGGGGACUGUUGGAGCAUAGAGCUGUCUCUGAUUUUGCACAUCGUAGUCGCAUUCAGUCGUUAUUGAGAGGUAGAUUUUUGAGAAAUGAAAGACCUGUUGAAGAAGAGAGACCGCCUUCAAUUGCUGCAGGUGAACUAGUUCAACUAAGACAGCGCCAUACUGUUUCCGGCUUAAGGGAUGGGUUUCGCUCCAGGUUGGAGAGUAUUGUUCGUGGCCAAGCAAGUGGCCAUUCUGAUAGCACACCUGAUAGCAAUAUCAAUGGUGGAAAUGAUUGGAGUCAAAUAAGCACCUCGCAAAGUAUCCAACAUGAAGACAGUGAGCAACCACAUCCCAGAAAUCAAGAAAAUGGCAUCCCUAGGCUGUCUGAUCAAGUCGAUACCACAGAAAACAAUACAGUUAUCAAUGACAUGAAUUGGCAAGAAAGUGCUGAUCAACGAGAGGGUUGGGAAGAACAAACUACAAAUAAUGAGGGACAGGACUGGCCACAACCAGAAUUCAGUCAGUUGAAUGAAUGGAGAAAUAGUGAUGCAGAACCUAUGGAUGGGAAUUGGCCAGAGAAUUCAGCUAAUAGUUGGCCCCAGGAAACAGCUGAAAUGAUACAUAAUGAUCAAAGCCAUCCACAAGAAGCUCAAGAAGGUUGGCGAGAGAGUGCGUCUCUGAGAACUGUUGAAAAUUGGACAGAGAGGCCUUCUGAUCCUCCAAGAACGCGUCGUGCUGUUCCAGUGAGAAGUGUUCCAAUCAGAAGAUUUAAUAGAUUUCACCCACCUGAUGAUGAUAAUGUGUACAGUAUGGAACUUAGGGAACUUCUGAGCAGGAGAAGUGUUUCUAAUCUUCUUCGUAGUGGAUUCCGUGAAAGUCUGGACCAUUUAAUACAAUCAUAUGUGGAUAGGCAAGGUCGUGCUCCCAUUGACUGGGAUAUGCACAGAAACUUGCCAACACCAACUCCCACUUCACCAGAGCGAGAUGAGCAGCAGAGAGAUAAUCAAAUUGAGGAUCAGCGUGAUGCUGUGAAUAGGCCUUCUAUGGUUCUGCCCUCUCCACCUGUUCCCCCACCUCAGCCAAUCUGGCACCAGGAUUUGCAUCACACUAGCUGGUCCCGUCACAGCAUGCAUCGAUCAGAACUCGAAUUUGAGAUGGUUAAUGACUUGAGAGCUGACAUGGCAAGACUUCAGCAAGGAAUGAGCCACAUGCAGAGGAUGUUGGAAGCGUGCAUGGAUAUGCAACUUGAGCUACAGCGCUCUGUGAGACAAGAAGUCUCUGCUGCUCUGAAUCGCUCUGCUGGUGAAAAAGGGUUGGGAGCUGAGACAUCGGUGGAUGGAUCUAACUGGGGUCAUGUAAAAAAAGGGAUAUGUUGCAUUUGUUGCGACAGUCAUAUUGAUUCUUUAUUGUACAGAUGUGGACAUAUGUGCACUUGUUCAAAAUGUGCGAAUGAAUUGAUUCGCGGGGGAGGUAAGUGCCCGUUGUGUCGAGCCCCGAUUGUGGAAGUGAUCCGAGCAUACUCCAUACUGUAAAGAGAUUGAAAAAUCAUAAUAUUUAAUUAGAUAAAGUGACUGAAACGGAGGGAAGGCAGGCGCAUGUGGGAAGGCUCGCGAGGGUCGGUUCAAAUGGGCGGAGUGGUGUCCAGUUGGUAGCACAGUUUUUCUGAUUAUAUUUAUAGAUGUGAAUGUGUAUAAUUGGAAAUAACAAUUGGCACCUCAAAUUCUUCAUUCUUCCGUAAAUAAAAAUGUUCAUUUAUUUA